AUGACCAUGUUCCCAAUUCUCACAUCUGUGUCUUAUUUCCAUCAGAAGAUGAAGAGCACAAGGAAUCAGAGCAGCACAUCUCAGUUCAUCCUCCUGGGGCUGCCCAUCAAGUCAGAAGAUCAAGACUUGUACCCUGCCCUGUUCCUGGCCAUGUACCUGACCACAGUGCUGGGGAACCUGCUCAUCAUCCUGCUCAUCAGGCUGGACUCUCACCUCCACACCCCCAUGUACUUCUUCCUCAGCCACUUGGCCUUCACAGACAUCUCUUUCUCGUCAGUCACAGCUCCAAAGAUGCUCAUGAAUAUGCUGACACACAGUCAGUCCAUCUCAUAUGCUGGGUGCAUUUCCCAGGUGUAUUUUUUCCUGAUGUUUGGGGGUAUUGACAACUUCAUUCUGACCUCCACGGCCUAUGACAGGUAUGUGGCCAUCUGCCACCUCCACUAUAACAGAAUCAUUAGUCAGAGUGUCUGUUUCUUACUGGUCAUUGUAUCUUGGUUGUUAUCCUUUGCUGGUGCCCUUGUUCACACCAUCCUUCUAAUGAAGAUCAUGAGGAGAUAUAAUGAGAGCUCUGUGUCUGAGUUCAUCCUCCUGGGACUCCCCAUCCAGCCAGAGGACCAAGACAUGUACUCUGCCCUGUUCCUAGUCAUCUACAUGACCACAGUGCUGGGGAACCUGCUCAUCAUCCUGCUCAUCAGGCUGGACUCUCACCUCCACACCCCCAUGUACUUCUUCCUCAGCCACUUGGCCUUCACAGACAUCUCUUUCUCGUCAGUCACAGCUCCAAAGAUGCUCAUGAAUAUGCUGACACACAGUCAGUCCAUCUCAUAUGCUGGGUGCAUUUCCCAGAUGUAUUUUUUCCUAUCCCUUGCAAAUGUUGACAGCUUCCUUCUGACCUCCAUGGCCUAUGACAGGUAUGUGGCCAUCUGUCACCCUCUGCACUACACCACCAUCAUGAAUCAGAGCCUCUGUGUCCUGCUAAUAGUUGUGUCCUGGGCUUUGUCCUUUGCCAAUUCCCUUGUUCACACCCUCCUCUUGGCUCAUUUAUCUCAUUUCAGAGACAAUAUCAUCCCCCACUACUUCUGUGAUCUCUCUGCCUUACUUAAACUGUCCAGCUCAGACACCACCGUCAAUGAGCUGGUCAUCCUUCUUUUAGGUACACUGGCCAUUACUCUACCAUUCAUAUGCAUCCUGGUCUCUUACGGCCGCAUUGGAGCCACCAUCCUGAGAAGUCCCUCCAUCAAGGGAAUCUGCAAAGCCUUGUCCACAUGUGGUUCUCACCUCUCUGUGGUUUGUCUGUACUAUGGAGCCAUUAUUGGGCUAUACCUGGUCCCUUCAUCUAAUAAAACUAAUGACAAGGAUGUCAUUGUGGCUGUGAUGUACAAUGUAGUCACACCCAUGUUGAAUCCCUUUAUCUACAGUCUGAGGAAUCGUGACAUGAAAGGAGCCAUGAGAAAUAUCCUUAUCAGUAGAGUGUGUCCACAGUGA